CUUCCCCUCUCUAAAGUAUAGCAACCCACCCCGGAAUAUCGCCCCUCCAAAUUAGCAGGAGAGCGACGCGCUAUUUGUGUGUGAGAGAGAGAGAGACAGCCCGAAUCCCCUCGAAUCUUCGCGAAGCCCCACGAUGUGCCCCUCCGAUCGCCACCCCCGCGGCGGCGGCGCCGCCUCGCCGGACCUCCGCCCCGCCUUCGACGUCCUCGACGCCGACCAUGACGGCCGCAUCAGCCGCGACGACCUCAAAGCCUUCUUCUCCUCCGCCGCGUCCCCCCUCACCGAGGACGACAUCGUCGCCAUGAUCUCCGCCGCCGACGCCGACCGCAACGGCUUCGUCGACUACGAUGAGUUCGAGCAGACGGGGCCCGGCGGCGGCGUGAUGGAGGAGGCGUUCCGCGUGAUGGAUCGGGACGGGGACGGGAAGGUGGGGUUCGAGGAUCUCAGGGCGUACCUGGAGUGGGCGGGGAUCCCCGCGUGCGACGACGACGUGCGCGCGAUGAUCCGCAUCGGCGGCGGAGACGGCGCCGACGGGGUCUGCCUCGACGCCCUCGCGAGGAUCCUCGCCGUCGAUUUCGCCUAGGGUUUCGCGACAAACGAUCGGCGAGUUCCUUCCCUCUUCCUCCGCUCGACUUUUUCUUCUCCUUUUUUUUUUUGGUUGAUGGUGGCAAUUUCGGGAAUAAUUAGAAUGUCUUCUCUGUAUACAGUUGUAUCAAAAAAAACUCAAAUAUUAUUGUGUUGAAUUAGAAUCUAUAUUUCCCUGGAGAUUAUGUUUCAA